GGGGGGGGGGGGGGGCUGCUGUAGGAGCAGGUGGUCGUCUAUAUUUGGGCACAGCUCCGGUCACGUGAGCGGAAAAUGGCGGAAGCGGCUGGCCUCCCGCGAGCUCUGCGUCUCCCGAGGAAGACGACGACGAGGAGGGGGGAGGAGGCUGGCAACAGGAAGUAGGCGGCAGGAGCUUCUGCUUCUUCUUCUUCUUCUUCUUCCCGGUAGCGGCACGGCAAGGAGCAUUUAAUGGCCAUAGCGGGAAUGUCCUCCUGGGAAUGGACCUGACGUCACAGAGCAAAAUGAACUCUGAGGGAAGCGACGGGCGACCCGCGCCCCCCACCUCGCUGCCCCUCCACGGAAGCGGCACCCACCGGAAGAAACUGUCGGCGCCCCGCAUCAGCCUCUCCCUGGAGCAGAGCGAGGACGACUUGGGCGAGACGCCCGACGACCUCGACAUCAACGUCGACGACCUGGACACUCCCGAGGAAGGGGAUUACCUGGACUACACGGACCACGAGCUGGACUGGGACGACGCCAAAGCCGAGAACCGACGCGGGGCAAGCGAGUCGCACGAAGGAGCCCCGACGUACGCCGCCGAGGACGAGCGUCAGGACGUCAAGCUGUGGCGGACGGUGGUCAUCGGCGAGCAGGAGCAUCGGAUCAACAUGCGUAUCAUCGAGCCCUACAUGCGAGUCAUCUCGCACGGAGGGUACUACGGCAACGGCGUCAACGCCAUCAUCGUGUUUGCGGCCUGCUUCCUGCCCGACAGCGACAGUGACGACUACCACGACAUCAUGGAGAACCUCUUCCUCUACGUGAUCAGCACUCUGGAGCUGAUGGUGGCCGAGGACUACAUGAUCGUGUACCUGAACGGGGCCACGCCCCACAGAAGAAUGCCGGGCCUGGGCUGGCUCAAGAAGUGCUACCAGAUGAUCGACAGGAGACUCAGGAAGAACUUGAAGUCGUUCAUCAUCCUCCAUCCGUCGUGGUUCAUCAGGACCAUCCUGGCCGUCACCAAGCCGUUCAUCAGCACCAAGUUCAGCAGCAAGAUCCAGUACGUGAGCAGCCUGGACGAGCUGCGCGAGCUCAUUCCCAUGGAGAGCGUUCACAUCCCAGAAUGCAUCGUUCGACUGGACCAAGAACUCAAGGAGGCAGGAGAGAAUUCAGUAGUGAAUAGUUUUCUGCUGGGGGGCGAGCCAACACGCAGAGCAAACGAGGCGGGUGCGAGCGCCCCUUAAACUUGGAAGUCAACCUCAGUGUGCGUGUGCAUGUGCGGAUGGGUAUGUAUGUGCGCGUGUGUUUUUUAAUGCGAUGACACAACUUGGGCCGGCGCACGCACACGGCAGGCGCUCAUGCAGUAGCGCACCGGUGUGUAUGUCUGCGUUUUGUGCGAGUGUGUGCACGCGGUGAUGUCGUACAGUUGUGCCCGCGACAGGAUGUGAAGCAAUAAGAGUCGCGCACGCCAGUGUUUCAGAGUAAGACGCCGGUUUUCAAAGUAAAAGCGUCCCCGACGUGCUCCGCUAUUAGAAAACGUGACAAGUCGUAAUGUGGAACAACACAAACAGAUUAUUAAGUACACAACAUGGCCACUUCUUUAGGUACACAUGCACCCAAACACACUCCCCCCCCAAAAAAAAUCGGGGUUGCAGUUAUAGCUGUUUGUGUAUUAUUAUUAUCACAUAUGUAUUCAUAUGCUAUAAAAAAAAAAUAUAUAUAUAUAUAUAUAUACACAUUCUAAAAAACGUUUGGAAAUUGUGCUAAGAUAAAAAAUAGAUGUUCUGUUUCAUUCUAAAAAAACAUUUAUUAAUGAGAUGUAGUAUUUAAUAGAAAAACAUAUUGUUCACAAUGUUGUAAGGUUUAAUUCUAAAAAUGCUAUGAAUUGUUAGACAUUUUCUAAUAUUUUUUGUUAUAUAGGUCAAGGAUACUGUACACUGCAAAAUAUAAAAUAAUCCAAAUAUUUGAGGAUAUUUCAGAUGUUUUAGUUUAAUUGCAGAGUGUUAGGAUUUUUCAAAUAAAUAUAAUUAUAUAAUGUAUGACAUUCUGAAGAUAUGAUCAAAAAUGAGAAACUAAGAAAAUAUCUGAAAUAUUAACAUAUUUAUAAUUCCAAAAGUAUUGUGAAAUAGUUUCUAGUUUCAUUCUAAAACUAUAUAUAAUGUAUAUUUUUAUUUUAUAGUUGAAACAUUAAUUACUAUUAUUAUUUAUUUAGUGACAACAUUAUACAUAUAUGUAAAAAAACGUAAAACAUUCGUAACAUAUUUUAGUCAUAUAAUAAAAAUAGUAACUUUCUAAUAUUUCCUUUUAAAAACAUUUGGGUUGUCAGAAAAUUGCAGUAUUUCAUUUCGAAAGUAUGCAGUACAUUUCAAACUUGAAUAUCUUGGAAAAAAAAUAUUAUGGGCCUACUAAUACACCAUAUUGAUCAAAUAAAAUAUAUACAAAAAAUAAAAGUAGGACGUUUUCAAUGCUUCAUUCUAAAAAAAAAAUCAUAACUGUUACUAAUACUAUGGUCGAUUUAUUUAAUUACACGAGAAUAUCCCUAAUGUUUUGAAAAAAAAUGUCAGGGGUCACGUUAAUAAAUAUAAUCACUCAGGUGUACCUAAUGAAGUGUCUCCACUGUUCUAGCUGGGUUAGCGUCACGUAGGACGCUCGCUCGUCAUCAGUCAAAAUAGCAGCUAGCAUGUUCUUCUGAUGUGUUUAAGAAUUUCAAAUAAUUGUAUUUAUGAUGAAUUGAGCAGUCAAAAGAUGUAUUUGAAGCACAAAGUCCUCCUGAAGUGUGUGUGUGUGUGCCUUUUGUGCGUAGCAGUGCAUGUAGCCUCACGGUCGCACAAACACUUGUUCACUGAAUAAACCGUAGACUCGUGUCUGAG